CCGAGCCACCUGUCCUUUGCUUUCUGCCACUGUAGUGGGAGCAGCCAUGGCCUGGAGUUUCCGCGAGAAAGCCCAGCUUGGAGGGCUGCUCCUCUCUCUCCUCGGCUGGGUCUGCUCCUGUGUCACCACCAUCCUGCCCCAGUGGAAGACUCUUAAUCUGGAACUGAACGAAAUGGAGACCUGGAUCAUGGGGCUUUGGGAGGUCUGCGUGAAUCAGGAGGAAGUUGUCGUGUGCAAGGCCUUUGAGUCCUUCUUAUCUCUGCCCCAGGACCUCCAGGUAUCCCGCAUCCUCAUGGUAGCCUCCCAUGGGCUGGGGCUCCUGGGGCUUCUGCUCUCUGGCUUUGGGUCUGAAUGCUUCCAGUUGUACAGGAACAGAUGGGUAUUUAAGAGGUGGCUUUGCCUCCUGGGAGGGACUUUGGAAGCAUCUGCUUCAGCCACCACCCUCUUUCCAGUCUCUUGGGUGGCCUACGCCACAAUCCAAGACUUCUGGGAUGACAGCAUCCCUGAGAUUGUGCCUCGCUGGGAGUUUGGAGAUGCCCUCUACCUGGGCUGGGCUGCUGGGAUUUUCCUGGCCCUCGGUGGGUUGUUCCUCAUCUUCUCAGCUUGUCUGGGAAAAGAAGAGGAGUCCUCUCUCCGGAUGGCUGGUCCUAUAGUCCCACCAUUCUAUGCCCCAGCAGACAGGUCCAGUGACUCCUUCUAUCUAACACCAAGACCUAGGAACCUGUUCAUCUAGGACCGGCCUCCUCCACGGAAUCUCUGGAAUAAAGGAAUGUCAGAAGAAUCGUUUCUCCUCCUUAUCCUUCACCACUCUACAUUUAUUUGCCUCCUUUGGGGGUGGUAGUCACUCUCCCUUUUGUUAAGGAUUUGGCUAUCUUGGUGAUACAGUAAUUCAUAACUUCAGAAUGAAAAAUCAAAGCAGAAUU